AUGCGUUUCUCCAUCGUCAGCCUCCUCGCCGCCUCCGCGCUCGCCGUCAACGGUGCAGCCACCACCAGCCGCUCUGCCCUCGCGUCCCGAGCCAACCCCGCCGCCCUCGCCAUCGAUGUCGAGCGCGUCUCCUUCUCCGGCAAGAAGACCCACGGCGAGAUCGUGGCCGGCCAGUACGACGAAGAAGACGACGUCGUCACCGACGCGGACGCCGUGAGCACGCGUGCAGCCGGCGCCACGGCGGCCAUCGGCUCCGCCCUCGGUGGGGCCGUCAUGGACGUGGCCACCGGCGUCGCGGUCAACAUCAUCACCGAGAUCCUCCAGGCCGUGAUCGAAUGGACCAAGGCCCGCGAGACCUUCACGCAGGCCAUGACGGACGAGAUGUGGGCCCAGAACCCGGAGCCCGGAAAGUACCACGCGGCGAUCUGCUACAACAAGGGCUACGGCGUCGCGGACUGGAACGGCAUCGCCGGUCUCGCCAAGGUUACUCUGCGACUCAACGUUCUCCACACCGACUACGAUUGCAUGUACAUGAGCGGACCUAACCAGUUCUGGACUGCUUCUGAGGGCGGAUACAUCAACCUGUCUUACACUUACGACCGUAACCACUGCUCCUUCGACGGCAAGACUGGCGACUUGACCUGCUGGUAA